AUGAGAAAAUACGCUUGCGGUGCUGGAUCGAUGUUUUCAGUUUAUCCAGUCGCGCGAAACGGGAAGGCCUCUAAGAGAGACGGAAGUGAAGAUGCGAUCGUGUUGCAAGUCUUGAAUUUGCUGGCCAUUUUGUUCGCGCAACUGUCCCCAGAGAUCUACACUCUUGGCUUGCGGAAGACAGUGGCUUUCGUAUCCAACGCAUUCUACACUUCGUAUUUUGGAGGAAAGGUAGUCUCAAUGCUGAUCUUCAAUUGCAUGCAAGGAAAUCCAUCCGACGCGAUUUCACAGUUCAUGGCGCUCGUGCUGGAUAAAUUUCACGUGACGAAGUCUGGAAUUGAUGUUUCUAGCUUGAUGGCGAACGAAAAAGUGUGGCACUUGCGAAUUCUCAGUGGACUAGUGCGCUUCAGCCACCCCGAUGACCGCAUCUUACUUCGCUACCAACAUGAAUUGGAAGUGAUUCUGGCACAUUUUCUGAGCAACGACGAUGACAAGGAAGUUUAUGAGGCUGCCGGUACUGUUCUGCGCUACUUGCUCUUUGGUCUUCUUGGCGUGUAUACGCAUGACUUUCGCUCAUUACCAGCUGCAGAAUGGGCAGAUGCAACCUCUAACGAAAGUGGAGCGUUCCAGUAUUUGGGCGCUAGUAUUUCGUGGAACAAGCUUUCGGUAAGGUGGCAUGAACCAAACGAAGCUGAACUUUUAUUCGGAUUCAAAUUGCUACAAGCACACGUUGUUGGUGCUAUUGACAAGUUAGAUCGUUUAAGGGACGCGAGGGCUCUCACUGUUCGUUCGUGGACGCGCCUCCUGGAACAAAUAUUCCAAGGACUUCGAGGUGCUUCAAAUGUGCUGACAGACGAACUCGUGCAAGCGAAUGGUGCGCUUUUGGAUGGUGCUCACUCGUUGCUGCUCAAGGCACUGGGCAAUAAUCUCGAGCUUUACAAGAACUUCGUGUCUCUGAAAGGGUCGCUGAUGAAUCGGGUGCACAGUGCUAUGGUAUUUUGGAGAGAGGAGGGAAGCGGGAGCGCAAUGGAGAACCAGGUGUGGGAUCUGCUCUUGGAUAUCGCGCACCAGCUUCUUAUUUGGAGAGGGGAGCAUCUGGACGAGUUCAAGAUGAAAGAAGCUCAAAACAUGUAUUCCAGAAUGACGAGCUUGGACGUUGCGUCGCAUGCCUACCGGAAAAGUCGACGUAUAGCUAAGGGGGAGCAAGUGCCGCUCUUAUCCCGCAAUGAGCUGGUGGAGAAAGUGAUGUUUUUCUAUGCUAAACGGAAAGUGCAGCAACACUUUGCACUCGCCAAUGUAAUUAUGCAGCUGGAAAGUGACGAGGACACGCGCCAACAUUACGAAUCGCUUUUGACGGAGGUUGAGUUGCUUCUGAGAAACCCUUACCAAGAUGUUCGAUCCAAUGCCGCCGCAGUAAUGAAGGAGUGCUCUCUGCUGUACACUAGAUGGAUAUAUUUUUGCCAGUCGAGACAGAUUGAAGAAUUGGACGGACUCCGUGAUGUACCGCAACUGACGGAAGAGCACGUCUCUGGUGUACUCCACAUGCUUUCACUGCCGCUUGCCCGAAGAAAUCUGUGGAAGCGACGCAACGUCCUACUUAAGCGCGUGCUUGUGGUGCUCUUGAAGAGUAACAGUGCGAUUGUGAAGCAUGUUGACGGCGAGGUUAGCAAGGCGAAGAUCGAGGUGAAGUUGCAAACUUUUUUCUUGUCGCUGUUGUCGAACUGGCGAUAUGUUCACUCCCAGGAAGCGGGGUCUCCCAUUAUUGAAGCCCUUUUGACUGCGGAGCCCUCUCCUGCCGAGCAUUGGAAGGUCCAGUUGAUGCAUUUGGUGACUAUUUAUCCAUUCUUGCAACCGAGGACUGCGAUUUCAGUGGAUGUGUGGAAGCUCGUGGUUCGGCAAUUGAGUAAUGAAGUGCUACCGGUGCGACAGGUUGCCUUGGAGAUCUUCGGGCACCUUCUGAAGGUGCUAAAGCGCGAUCGCAAGGAAGACGGAGCUAAUUGUGUGGAACUUAUUCACGAGCUAAUCUACUCUGACAGUACGAUGCGUGCUCUUCUGGAUGCCUUUGUGAAAAACCACAAGUACUCAAACAAAUUUGCGGCAUCUGCAGAUGGACAACAUGCGAAUUCAGCCCCAAGCGAUUGGUCAUUUGGUGUAAACGAAGUUGUCCGGUACAUUUCGGGCAGCUCCCAGUCUUUUCCGAAAGCUCCACCUCUGUCAUCUGUUCGCCUGCUCAACCGAUCAAGUCACUCGAUUACAAACUUGAGCUUAUCUAGUGUCAAGUUGGUACAAAAGCUCGUGGAGGAAAACCCGAAGGCAUUGUUUGGAAGCUGUAUGAUGACAAUUUUGAAAGGCUUGGCCAGCAAGAAUAUUGGUGCCGACAGUGCUGAAGAGGACCGUCAGGCAGCGCUGAAAACGUUGGCGGACUGUACUUCAGGCUUGCUCCAUUCUUUGGCAAAGCUGGACGAUGCGGACGACAAGAUCAUCACGAACCAUAUCGCAGAUGUUGUCCAUGUACUCAAGGUCAUCCUUCCCCAAGUGAGUAUGGUGUUAGUGAACCAAUGGGUAGAGGUAGUAUAUCUCGCCACUCGUCCGUCUAGAUCGGGUACCGUGAAGAUGCUCCGAUUGGAGCCACUCGUGAAUUACUUACUUUUUGAGCUGGAAGAUUCGCUCGCUCGAGCGACAGUUGAAGAUUACGCUCGUCAAGCAAAAUGGCUAGCACUAGUGGAAGCUGUUGGUGUUCAUUUGCUGGCGGCUGGAGUAUCAAUGGCCGACCGGGCAGUCCACACACUGGCUUGUGAGUUUGGUGAACGGGUACUCAAGGUGAUCCGUGAGCACGCCUUAGCCCAUCAAUACAAGAUAAUCCGAGACCGUGCAGGAAAGAUGCUUCCCCCCCCUGUUGUCCAGUCCGCGUUGCCACUGGGUCAACUUGUGGCUGCUAGUGGUUCGACCGAAAUCGACACCGUCAACGUGGACAACGAAUCUACAAAGAGCAACCCCGAGAAUGAUACCAAUUUGCAUGCGAAGGAAACCGCAAUGCAGUGGCUAUCGUGCUGCGAAAAGUAUGGCAAUGGACGCGAUAUGCUUGCUGUGCUUAACGAGUUACUCCCAGUUGCUCUAUUGACGCAAUCGCACCCGAAGGCAGAAGUAGCCGUUCAAGCGAAGAACGUCACGGAAGCCGUAUCCCUGUCGCUACGAAUGUACUUCGUGCUACAAGAUACGACCGGCGAAAAUGCGUUGACGCAGUUGCUGGAGCUGCUGACGGGUUUAGCUACCUCUCAAACAUGGAAGACGCGCGGUGCAGUACUGCGUUUCACAAUGACGAGCAGGUGCAUACUUUUAUCUGCUCAUUCUUGA